AAAUGAAAAUCAUUUUGUAGAUAUUUCAAAAGUUCCUCUUAGAAGCACUCAAUUGUUAUCUAAUUCAAGUGGAGCAGUACAAGGACACAGUGGAGGUAAACCUGGGAUUCUGCCAACUCCAAGAUCUGAAGGGGACAUACUUUUCUCUCCACAUUUAAAAGCAUUCGCAUUUAAGGAUCUUAGAAAUGCCACUAAGAAUUUCAGUAAUGAUUGUUUAAUUGGACAAGGAGGAUUUGGUUAUGUCUAUAAAGGAUGGAUUGAUUGUCGUUCGCUUAAAGCCGCAAAGCCUGGUUCUGGAACUGCUGUUGCUGUCAAGAAGCUUAAGCCUGAAGGCUUUCAAGGCCAUAAGGAGUGGUUGUCUGAACUCAAUUAUCUUGGCCAACUUCAUCAUCCAAAUCUUGUGAAACUUACUGGAUAUUGCCUUGAUGGGGAUAACAGGCUUCUAGUCUAUGAGUACAUGCCUAAUGGAAGCUUGGAAGAUCAUCUAUUUCGUAAGGGAACACGCGUACUUCCUUGGGCAACAAGAAUCAAAGUUGCCACCGGUGCUGCUCGAGGUCUCACCUUCCUACAUGACUCUAAUCAACAAAUUAUCUACCGUGAUUUCAAGGCUUCUAAUAUUUUAUUAGACUCGGAAUUCAAUGCAAAACUCUCAGACUUCGGAUUGGCCAAAGCAGGCCCCACCGGUGAUCGUUCUCAUGUUUCUACUCAAGUUUUGGGCACUCAUGGCUAUGCUGCUCCUGAAUAUAUUCUUACAGGUCGGCUGACAACAAGGUGUGAUGUGUAUAGCUUUGGAGUUGUGCUAUUAGAACUACUAUCAGGGCGCAAUGCUGUCGACAAAACAAAAUCUGGAGCAGAACAUAAUUUGGUAGAUUGGGCAAGACCGUAUUUGGGAGAUAGAAGGAAGUUGUUUCGGAUAAUGGACACAAGAUUAGAAGGGCAGUAUCCACAAAGGGCAGCUUAUACAGCUGCAAUUCUUGCAUUACAAUGUAUUAGUGAGGCCAAGUUUAGGCCACAAAUGUCUGAUGUUUUGACUACUUUGGAACAUUUGCCAGUCAUCAGACAUUCAGCUAGUCCUUCUAGAAUAUUAGACGAGAAACCAAUGUCAAGCCCAAUGAGCGAUAGAGUCUGAAGCCUAAUUCUCGGGAAAAAAAAACCUAGCAAAAUACUCGUGCAUAAGCACACGUGUAAAAAAGGUCAAUGUAACAGGUUUUAUUUUCUCUUCAUGUA